GGGGCGGGGCCUCGUGCUAACGGUCGCGCGCCCGUCGCACCUGCAGGAGGCUGUGGCGAGAGCAUCCUGUGGAGAAGCCGCGAAGCGCCGGCGACCCGGGGGUCGGGCGGGCCUGGUCCGUGAAGCUGCGGCUGCCUCUGUGCAGGCCCGGGGAGCAGCUGGCCGGGCGAGCGUCGGAUUAAAAAAAUGGCAAACUCCUUUGCAACGAGGACCUUCACUACCCUUUCAGAUCUGCAGCCAAAUAUGGCUAAUCUGAAAGUAAUCGGUGUAGUUAUUGGGAAAACAGAUGUCAAAGGCUUUCCAGACAGAAAAAAUAUUGGAUCAGAAAGGUACACUUUCAGCUUCACCAUUCGGGAUUCACCAGCACAUUUCAUAAAUGCAGCUUCCUGGGGCAAUGAAGAUUACAUCAAGUCUCUUUCUGACAGCUUUAGGGUUGGUGACUGUGUGAUAAUUGAAAAUCCCCUGAUCCAAAGAAAGGAAAUAGAAAGAGAAGAAAAAUUCAGCCCUGCAACUCCUAGCCACUGUAAACUAUUGCUCAGUGAGAAUCACUCAACAGUAAAAGUUUGUUCCAGUUACGAAGUGGACACAAAGUUACUUUCUUUGAUACAUUUACCUGUUAAACAGUCUCAUGAUUAUUAUUCAUUGGGUGACAUUGUUGCAAAUGGACACAGUCUUAAUGGGAAGAUUAUUAACGUGCUGGCAGCUGUGAAGUCGGUUGGAGAGCCAAAAUACUUUACAACUUCAGACCGGAGAAAAGGCCAGAGGUGUGAAGUUAGACUCUAUGAUGAAACAGAGUCUUCUUUUGCAAUGACAUGUUGGGAUAAUGAAUCCAUUCUACUUGCACAGAGCUGGAUACCACGAGAAACAGUAAUAUUUGUCUCAGAUGUAAGAAUAAGUUUUGACAAAUUUCGGAACUGCAUGACAGCAACUGUAAUCUCAAAAACCAUUAUUACAACUAAUCCAGAGACACCAGAAGCUAACAUUCUACUGAAUUUUAUACGAGAAAAUAAAGAAACAAAUGUUUUGGAUGACGAAAUUGAAAGUUAUUUCAAAGAAUCCAUAAAUUUAAGUACAAUAGUUGAUGUCUAUACAGUUGAACAAUUAAAGGGAAAAGCUUUGAAGAAUGAAGGAAAAGCUGAUCCUUCCUAUGGCAUCCUUUAUGCCUACAUUUCCACACUCAACAUUGAUGAUGAAACUACAAAAGUAGUUCGAAACAGAUGGUAAGGAUCCAUGUCACUUU